CGCUUGCUGCCAUCCGUGCAUCCAGUCCUGUCUGUGGUACCUGCUGGCUGCUUAACUUAGCUAGCAGCCUUACCUAUUAGACACUUAUGUUCAGGGAUAAUAAAAUGACCGACAAACAAAAUGAAUUUAUUUUGUUUUCCACUCGAUGCGCAUUUGCGUGUUAAGGAAAAGAUGGAUACCAUCCAUUCGGUUUUAGUAUUUUAGCUGUUACAGCGUUUUGCUGAGUCCAUUUUGCGUGUAACUGGAAAAGACAAAGAGAAAAGAGCUUUCCAAUAACGUUAGCUAGAAUGGUUUGGGCCUAAAAAGAAGACAAGAGGACGUUGAACAGAGAUGAGGCAGAAGCAUGUGACUGCAAGAUCACAUGACCCAGCAACAUGAACCGUGAGGACCGGAAUGUGCUCCGAAUGAAAGAAAGAGAAAGGAGAAAUCAAGAAAUCCAGCAGGGAGGAGGAGAGGCCUUUCCAGCAAAUUCACCUCUCUUCCCUGAACCCUACAAAGUGUCCAGCAAGGAAGAUAAACUGUCAAGCCGUAUUCAGAGCAUGCUGGGCAAUUACGACGAGAUGAAAGAGCCGAUUGGUGACACACUUCCUAAGCUUGGCGGUAAACCUUCUAACAGCUCGUCUUCCUCUGAGGAGAAAUCGGGCCCACCUUUAUUUGGUGGGGACCAGCGCGUCGUCGGUAGCGGUGGCAGCAGCCAGAGCAGCAAGUGGACUCCUGUUGGUCCUGCAGCAGGUGGAUCUUCAUCCCAGUCCCAGAAACGCUCUGGUCUCCAGGGCGGGCACAGUAGCCAGAGAGGCAGUGGCACUAGUGGCAGCAGCAGCAGUAGCCAAAGACACGGAGGGGAGGUGCGGGAAAAGAAGUCAAGUAAACACAGCGGAGGGUCAGAGCACUCAAAGUCACACACAUCUAGUCCGGCCAAGGGCUCUCUGAGUUCCUCCGGCAGCAACAGCCACUUGCGCAGCUCCUUGUCUGCCGAGCAGCAUCACAGCAAGGAGCGCUACCGCUCCAAGUCCCCACGAGACAGGGAGGCCAACUGGGACUCUCCCUCACGGGUUCACACCACCUUCUCCACUGGACAGCACUCGAGUCAGGCAUUUCCCCCGUCUCUCAUGUCCAAACCCGGCUCCAUGCUGCAGAAGCCCACAGCGUAUGUGCGGCCUAUGGACGGCCAGGAAACGGCAGAACCCAAGAGCUCACAAGCCGAAAGCUACAGUGGACAGUCGCACAGCAGCACCAUGGGAGAGAUGAAGUCCAACAGCAAGGCCUCACUUUCCAAACUCAAGAUCCCCUCACAGCCUGUAGAGGGAGCCGGUGACGCCAACUGUGUCGAUGAGAUUUUGAAGGAAAUGACUCAGUUGUGGCCCCCUCCGCUGACAGCCAUCCACACCCCCUGCAAAACAGAGCCAUCCAAGUUUCCAUUCCCCACCAAGGACCCUCACCCCUUUCCAAGUGGACACAAGCGAGGUAGUUCUUCCAAGAGCUCCAGCAGCCACCAAUCCAAAGCUUGCGAUGAGCAGCCCACUAUGUUGGAAGAUGACCUGAAGCUCAGCAGCAGUGAGGACAGUGAUGCUGAACAGGAAUCUGCAAAGAACGCCUCAAGGAACACAUCUGCAAGCAAUAACAGUGAAGGAGCGGAGCAAUCGAGGGAUGACUCAAGCAGCCACAGCGGCUCCGAGAGCAGCUCAGGCUCCGACAGUGAGAGCGAAAGCAGCACGACAGACAGCGAAGCCAAUGAUCACCCGCGGCCCGCCUCUCCAGAGCCUGAACAACCCAUGGCCAACAAGUGGCAGCUGGACAACUGGUUCAAGAAGGCCAAGCAGUUCUCCCCAGCCUCUCCAGUGGACAAUAAUGUUCCAACCAAGUGCAAGAAAGAGGGCAGAGAUAACGGCUCAGGACGCGGCUAUAGUAGUCAGGGAGGGGGUUCAAAAGACUCAGCGGCACCCAUCCCAAGCAGGGACCUACGGGCGGCACAAAAGGGUGCAGAGGGUGGCCGUGGCCGGCAAAAAUCCCCCGCCCAGAGUGAGGGUGGCACAAAUCCACGAAAGAAUGUGGGUAAAAAACAGCCUAAAAAGUCUGAGAAGCCCCCAGUUGUGGAGGAACCCAAGGGAGGUCUGAGGGUGGAGAGUGAGCCAGCUCCAGAGAUACCUCCUCAUCGGCCCAAAGCUGCUACAAAGGGUUCCCGCAAACCAAGCAUAAAAAAAGAACCGAAAUCCUCGCCACGGCCCACCGCAGCUGCUGUCACCACUACUGCAGAUAAACGCAAAGUCAAGGCACCCACCAAGACUCCCCAGAAGUCUCGCGAGUUUGUCGAUACGGACUCUUCAUCAUCAGACUCUGAGGGGAAUGACAGCAUCCCGUCCUCGUCGCAGACACCCAAGUACACCGAGAGUAUCAGGACCCCUGUGUGUGUGUUUUCUCCAAUGGAAGAAAAAGAGUUGUUGUCUCCACUCAGUGACCCUGAGGAGCGCUACCCUGCAAGGCAACCUCAGCAGCAAGUGUUACUAGUGAAGAUAGAUCUCAGCUUGCUGUCUAGGAUCCCAGGGCGGCCCUACAAGGAGCCUGUAGAGAUAAAAGUGGAGAGGGACGACUCUCUAGAUAGAGACAGCAAAGAAUUCAGCAAACAGAACUCUGAGAAGAGCUCUAGUAAGGCAAAGAGGAAACACAAGAACGAUGAAGAAGGCACCAAGCCAGAGAGCAAGCGAUGCAAGCUAGAGGAGAAGUCCCUAUCUAAUCAUAAAAACGGCAGUAAAGAGUCUAAGAGGUCUUCGGAGAAGAAAGAGGAGCCUGUGCCCUCUCCUUCCAUAUCAGGUAUUCAGCGGAUGCCCAAGGCAGAGCAUCCGAGUCGAAAGAGGACAGUCAGCCAGUCCUCCACCUCUUUGUCCAGCGGGACAGGAAGUGGAAAGGAGGGAAGCCACAGCACCAAGGGCAACUCCACCUCCAAACAAAGAAAAGGGGAGGACAAGGGACGUAGCACACGCGAUGGCAAGGAGAAAUCCUCAAAGGGCUGCGAUAACCAGCUGGCUGUGCUUCCACUCUCCACGGACGGCUCCAAGGCUCAGAGAUCCAAGCUGGUGUUUGAGGACAGGGUCCAUUCGGCAGAUCACUACUUACAAGAGGCCAAGAAACUUAAACACAAUGCAGAUGCACUGUAUUUGAGCUUAAUGUCCAAAAAGCAAAAAAACGGGUCGCUGAAAGAUGAGCAGUUGGACCGUUUUGAGAAGGCAGUUUACUACCUGGACGCUGUGGUAUCUUUCAUUGAAUGUGGUAAUGCUCUGGAGAAGAGUGCCCAAGAGGCAAAGUCUCCGUUUCCCAUGUAUGCUGAAACCGUGGAGCUUAUCAAAUACACUAUGAAGUUAAAAAGCUACCUGGCCCCAGAUGCUACUUCAGCAGACAAGAGGCUAGCAGUGCUUUGCCUGCGAUGCCAGUCUCUCCUCUACCUGCGGUUAUUCAAGCUGAGGAAAGACAGUGCACUAAAAUACUCCAAAACACUCACUGAACACUUAAAGAAUUCUCUGAGUAACACCCAGGCUCCCUCUCCUGGAAUGGGAAACAAGGCAGCGGGUAUGCCCUCUCCAGUGUCUCCGAAGCUGUCGCCAGGCACGGCCGUCGGCUACCCGGCAGUCGUCAGCAGCAGCAGCGCCAGCUCGUCCGUGACCAUACCUCAGCGCAUCCACCAGAUGGCUGCCAGCUAUGUUCAGGUCACCUCCAACUUCCUGUACGCCACCGAGGUCUGGGACCAGGCGGAGCAACUAUCCAAGGAACAGAAAGACUUCUUCUUGGAGUUGGACAAGGUGAUGGGUCCUCUGAUCUUCAACACCAGCAGCAUGACAGAACUGGUGCGUUACACACGGCAGGGCCUCCACUGGCUGCGUCUGGACGCAAAGCUUAUUCCCUAGCGAGGACUUGUUCUCUGCACGCUGCUUCCACACACACACACACACACACACACACACACACACACACACACACACACACACACACACACACACACACACAACACAAACACACC